ACGUGCUCUCGAGCGCAACGCUCCAAUCAGCGUUCAAUUGUAUCGCUGCAGCUAAGAUCAUCGACCCCGGGAGGUCCUUGAGUUUCCCAACAUGAGUAGUUCAGAGGAGGUAUCGUGGAUUUCUUGGUUUUGUGGUCUGAGGGGAAAUGAGUUCUUCUGUGAGGUAGAUGAAGACUACAUUCAGGACAAGUUUAAUCUUACAGGGCUCAAUGAGCAAGUUCCCCAUUACAGACAAGCACUGGACAUGAUUCUGGAUCUUGAACCUGAUGAGGAGUUGGAGGACAACCCCAAUCAGAGUGACCUGAUUGAGCAGGCUGCUGAGAUGCUCUAUGGACUGAUCCAUGCGCGGUAUAUCCUCACUAACCGCGGUAUUGCCCAGAUGCUGGAGAAGUAUCAACAGGGGGACUUUGGCUAUUGCCCACGUGUUUACUGUGAGAAUCAGCCAAUGCUGCCUAUUGGGCUCUCUGACAUACCUGGAGAAGCCAUGGUGAAGCUUUACUGCCCUAAGUGUAUGGAUGUGUACACGCCAAAGUCAUCCAGGCACCAUCACACUGAUGGAGCCUAUUUUGGUACUGGCUUUCCCCACAUGCUCUUCAUGGUGCAUCCUGAGUACCGGCCAAAGAGGCCUGCCAACCAAUUUGUGCCCAGGCUCUAUGGUUUUAAGAUUCAUCCAAUGGCUUACCAGCUACAGCUGCAGGCAGCCUCCAGCUUCAAGAGUCCAGUCAAAGCGAUCCGCUAAUAACCUGAAGAGGGCAUGAGGGGGUGGGAUUGGGAUCGGGUGGGUGGUAGUCUGUCUGUCUACAUGGCCCCACUCUUCUCUUACGUUUUUGUUCUAGAUUCAACCAAGACAAAUGUCUAAAUAUGGAGAGAGUCGGAUUGUAAAACAGACUUUGCAGAGAACAGAAACCUUACCUCUGAAACACUGUACAGAAAAUGAGGUUUUCCUUGUAAAAAAUUUUUUUCAGUUCUUAACCUCUACAUGGAAGUUAUAAUUAAGAAAGAUACAUGAAUCUUGCUCACUCUUUGGUCAUGUUUAUUUCAGUUUGUGUAAUAUUACCAUACAAAACUGUCAUGACUGUAUGGAUACUACAGAGAUAUUUCAUUAUUCAAUCCCCUCCUCGAUUAGACCAGAUCAUUGGCUUUCUUUGAAACCGCUGUUGCAUGUUAAAGGCAGUAUGUUUGAUAUUUGUUUUAAGCUCUAAAUAAUAUUAUUGGGAUUGUCUAUGACUGUUUUUUUGUUGACAGAUUGCAAGUUUUCAGUGCAUGUAUUAGUAGAAAUGGCCAGAAAUGGAAAGACACAAGUACAAUCAGGAAACUCUCUCUGUCUUUAUCUGAUAAAGUAUUUUGUUUUAAUCAGUAGUGCACUUCACUUCAGAACAAUGCCAACCUCCUAUGUUCCUUCAGUGUCAAGAUUACUUACGAGAUUUUAAAAAAUUGACUACAGAGCCACAGUUAGGAUUUUUUUUUACUAUUUGUAAUGGGCCCAAGUUUUUUUUUUUAUGUGUGUGUGUAAAGCAUUUCAUAUGUUAGAGAGGCAUACGAGUAGAAUAUAUAAAUCAAUUUGGAUGCAUUGAAGUUUUUGUGAGUGAUUUGUUUUUGUUGGUCCUUAAUGUUUUUCCCUUUACAGCUGUUGAGAAACCAGGGUUCAGAAUUCAAAAUAAAUGUCUUUUCCUAUAACUGGUGUGAGAGUCCCUCACGUACUUGGGUGAAUCAGAAGCCUUUCAAAUCAGCCUUUCUCAAAGUGUUUUAAAACUCUAGUAGACGUUAACAUAUUUGUUGCUCGUGGUAGCUUUAGAGUUAAAGAAUGUGAAAAAGUAUAUGAUAAAAGUUACUAUCAACAUGAGUUUGUGUAUAUUUUAAAAGUUCAAUUAAUUUUGAGUUUGUUUGAACCUGACUACUGCUAUUACAAUAUCAAUUGCUGGAAAAAGAUGAGACACAUUCAGAUUCAUAGAAACGUCAAUUAUAUACUAUUGUACUAAAUACUUUUAUUAUAAAUGUGCUACAUCCACAAAUGUCAACAAAAUAUUCACCCAUCUGUCCACUAUCUAGUUUAAUAAUAAUAAUAAAAAAAGUUUACUUGAUUCUUU